UGAUGUUCUCAGUCACUGUUCCGUCCGUUAUGGUGUUUUCAGCAACGCCCGCCACAGAAGUAGACAACGGAACUGAAAGGAUGCUACGGCAACUGAAAAUGAAACCUUGGCGGAAACUACCACGACGCAGAUGUCUUCGGUGUUCCGGGAAAUUGAUGGCGAUGCCAUGAACGACACCGACAUCGGCUGAGCACGACGCAACCGCCUGUCUCGACAACAAUCGACAGAUCCGAUCUUUGUCAACUGAAACCCUGCCGUUCAACGUGACAGACUCUCCGAACACCACGCUGUCGCUGGUCGAGACGGCCACCGACGUCUCCCUGAUGACGACAACGUUGGCCGGUCGUGAUGAACGAUACCGAAUCGAUGAACGCGACGUUGGUGUAUCCCGGCUUCGGCAAUGGCUCGUCGACGGAAGAAGUGGACCCAGACUUGAACGUCAGCAACCGCACUUUCGCCAUGGGCAGGAACCUGACCUUCAUGAACAACAACACCCUGUCAGAGGAUGGUCUGGACGUAGUGAACAGCACCAUGGAUUCUUGGAACAUGACGGCCGACGGCACGCUGCUUAACGCCGCGAACAUUACGUUAAGAGAUGGCGACGGAACGAGCAUGAUGACCGACAGCAACAACAUGACGAACGUGGACAUGACGACCACCGAAUUCUUCAACGAAACCAUGGCGAACUCGACGGAAGACAUGUUCGGCGUCCACUGUUCCACCGAGGAGUUCUUCUGUCCCGCCGAAGGAAGCCACACUUGUCUGAAGACCAACCUCCUCUGUGAUCAGUUUCGAAGACUGCCCUGGAGCACUGGACGAGCAAAAUUGUACCGACACCUGCGGAAUGAACUUCCAGUGCAAGGACAAGACGUGCGUCAUGGCCUCGGCGAAGUGCGACGGCAUACGGGACUGCCCGGAAGGCGAAGAUGAGCACAACUGCGACAUAGUAAACUCCACGUGCAGCGACCUCGAAGUGAUGUGCCCCGACAGCAGCGCCUGCAUCAAGCCGCUCAGUCUGUGCGACGGCAUCUACAACUGCAGAGACCGAAGCGACGAAAGCGGAUGCGUGGACAAGACCCUGUGCGAGCAAUCAAACAAGUUCUACUGCGGAGACAAGCUCUGCAUUCCCUCCGCUUUGAGGUGCGACGGACAUGAGGACUGCAAGGACGGGGAAGACGAGGUCAACUGCACCUGCGGUGAGAACCAGUUCCAGUGCAUGAACGGAUUCUGCGUGUCAUCUGCCACGGGGUCGGUGCGCUGCAACGGAGUCGCCGAUUGCAUCGAUGGAAGCGACGAACGAGGCUGCGUGCAAGUGGACAACAACGGAUUGGCGCAAGGCGUUCGACGGCGACCUGGGUUCGUGGACGCUCAUGUGCGCGGACAACGCGACGCUCGAUCACGGCAACCAACUCUGCCAGGAGAUGGGAUACAGCGGUGCCCUUUCGAUACGAACGGUGAGAGUGGAGGCCAAUGUCACCACGUGGGGCUCGUGGAACGCGCCCGACGACGGUCCCGACACCAUGUGGUCCAAGGGACUCACCUUUGUGGACUCGUGCCAUCACGGUGCGCUCGCCGUCAGGUGCGACUAUUUCGAGUGCGAGAAUCAGACGGAAGUGCUGUUCCGCAUCGAGCGCGAGGCGACGGGGCAGUCGACGCAGAACGACGUCUGGCCCUACCUGGCUCUCCUGCACGGAAACGACUCGUCGACCGCCUGCCACGGAGAGAUCGUGAGCCCGCUCUGGGUCCUCACCACCGCCUACUGUCUCCAGCAGCUUCCGCCGAACGCUUCGCAGCUGUACGUGCAGGCGGGAUUCAUGCGCCCCGCCAGCGCCCGCAAGCACCACAGCGUGGUGCGCGUGGUGCUGCACCCGCACUACUCGCAGUUCCGCUCCAGGACGCUGCCCGACUACGACCUGGCCCUGGUGAGGCUCGCCGAACCGCUGUCGUUCGCCAACCACGUCGCGUCGGCCGUCUGCCUGCCCGACGACGUGGCCCGGCCGGGCGUCACCUGCUUCGUCGGAAGCCUGGGAGACGGAAGGCCCAGAGUUCCGUUCAAGACGGCCUCGUCGAUCAUUCACCUGCCGAUCGUCAUAAACGAGCUGACCACAGUGCAACAACGAGGAACACUACAAGAACGGCGUCACCCAGAAGAUGAUCUGCGGAGAUGGGCGUCAAAUGAAGCGUCAGCUGUGUGACGGUGAUCUUGGAGCUCCUUUGAUGUGCCUCUCGCCGAACAGCAUCUGGCGCCUGGCCGGCGUGCUCAGUUACCAGCGCCACUGCGGCACCUACCAGAAGCACCCGUCCGUGUUCUCCAAUAUCUACGAGAUGCGGGACUUCAUCCACAACGUGACCGGCCUGCUCUCCUACAAUGUCACCCAUGAUCCGCAAUUGUACAGCCUUCUAGAGUUCCCCCAGGCUGACGACGGCAACGUCUCGGCCGCGGUGCGCUCGCACGCCGCCGGCAAGAUGGCCGGCCUCGAGCACAACGCGUCCGCCAUGGCAGCCGCCCUCUACUCUCACGACAACAUCCACGGUGAACACGAAGGAGAGAACGCGAGCGUUACGACGACGCCGGCGUCGGCGACCACGGCGCACGACGUCAUGUUCCUCGACUUGGAGGGC